GAUCGGAUCACUGGUCUGCCAACAGCCUUGCUGAUUGCCAUAGGUAAGCGUGAGGCUGGACGUACGUAGUGGUCUGUAGGAUGCCCCACCCCCUGCCAAUAGGGCAAUCUAGAUGCUCAGAUGCUGGUCCAGAUCCGCACUCGUAGUGUUUGGAUUGCGGGGUGGUGGUGGUGAUUGUGAUAGAUCGAUUCAUCGGGUCAUCAUUGGGGGUGAUUUCCACCAACAAGGGACACUAAGAAUAAGAGGCCACGGUGCUUCGGAGAUCCGCUUAGAGAACAACCUUUGCUCAAAGGCCGAACGCGUUCAUUCCUACCGGCCAGCCAAGGAAGUCGCAGAACCGGCCGGACCUCGCGGAUCUCGCGUCCAUCAAUGUCCGAGGUGGUGUAUCCUGGUGGUUUCAAUUGAUGACCAUCAUGGAUGAUGGUUGCUAUCGACGACGCACGCCACGUUGCUGCUGGUCAAAGCGCCAAGGGUUAGGUCAUUGUACAUUGUACGGAGGGGUAGUUACGAGGGGCCAGGAUAGCCGACGGUUGUUUGGAGCAAGCAUGCAAGCAAGCGUACGCAUACUGAAGUCGACUGG